CUCCUUCGUCGUGCAGAAAUAAGAAGAGUCAAAACAAAACACAAAUCUCCUUUUUCUCUGCCCGCCGCUCACCCGGAACCUCCCCGUCGCCGCCGAUCUACCGGAGCCUCCGCACCUCCGCUCGUCUCCCCGCUGAUAUCCUCCUCCUCCUCCUCCUCGCCGGAGACAACAUGUCGACGCUUGCCGCGGCGAGGGCCGACAACUUCUACUACCCGCCCGAAUGGAGCCCGAAGAAGGGUGGGCUGAACAAGUUCCACGGCCAACAUGCCCUCAGGGAGCGGGCCAGGAAGCUGGAUCAGGGCAUCCUGAUUAUAAGAUUCGAGAUGCCUUUCAAUGUCUGGUGUGGUGGAUGCAGUUCCAUGAUAGGGAAGGGAGUAAGGUUUAAUGCUGAAAAGAAACAAGUUGGAAAUUACUACUCUACCAAGAUAUGGAGCUUCAGUAUGAAAUCACCAUGUUGCCAGCAUGAGAUAGUCAUACAUACGGACCCGAAGAAUACUGAGUAUGUUAUAAUCAGUGGGGCUCAGCGGAAGACUGAAGAUUUCGAUGUUGAAGAUGCAGAGACGCUCCUGCUCCCUGCUGAUGAAGAAAGAGACAAGCUUGCGGAUCCCAUGUAUAAGCUUGAACACCAGGGAGAGGAUAUUCGGAAGAAGAAAGAAGAGGAGCCUGUUUUAGUUCGGCUUCAACGCCUCUCUGAUAGCCGUCAUUCUGAUGAUUAUUCCCUGAACAGAACCCUCCGCGACCGCCUUAGGAGCCAAAAGAAGAGAGUUGCUGAAGAGAAGAAAUCAGCGAGGAAGAUGGGGCUCGGAGUACGCCUUCUGCCACCCUCCGCAGAGGAUGCCGCCGCUGCAGCUCGUGUGAGGUUCGCCUCAAAUUUCGAGAAGAACAGAAAGGACAAGAGAGCAGCGAUCAAGGCCGCCUCCAUCUUCCCGGAGCCAUCAGGCUCAGCUUCGAAAGACAAGCUAGACCUGGCGCUGAAGAGGCGGAAUAUAAAAGCUAGUGCAGCAUCAGCGCUGAUGGCGGGCAGGGCAAAGCCGUCGUCAUGGUCGACGCAGAGCGCCGGUUCUGGAAGUGCAAGGACUGCUGUGCCGAUAUUGGCAAGGCGCAAGUAGAGCCACCCUGAGUUGUGCUUGCGCAAUCAAGCAAGAGAAUCUUUGUGACCUUGUCCAGUCUGUUGCUCUGUAAAACUCAUGUAUACGUGUAUCUUGUGUAGUAUUGUUCUAGCCUUCUACUGUAACAUAUCAUGAGAAACUGAUUUUGCCUAAGAUAGCCAUUGAAUUCAGUUCGAGGGGCAAACGAUGAUCUUGGUCGGCUAAAGUGUCUACAUCAAUGGAAAACAGCCUAGUUUUUUCUCGUA